GAAUUUGACUUGGUAGAGGGGGCUUAUAUCAGUGAAGUAAAAUUAGUGAUACUUCUGCAGCACAUAAGCAAUGCAUGUUUUCUUCAAGUCUAAGGUCACCAAACACUUGAAGUCCCUGAAAUCAAAAAUGCCCAGAUUGUGCAUUUUCCCAAUGGGGGGAUGUUUUGAUGGGUGCAGAGACCACACUCAGCAAUCCUCAGGGUUUGGCACUAGGAUUUGGAACCUGACUGACCAGCCUGUGGAGCUUCAGAUAAGAGUUGGUUCCAUAUUGAAGAAGGUUCACACUUUGAAACCAGGGUCCUCCAAGAGACUGAAGUGCAAGAGCAUAUACAAAGCUUACAUGCCUGGAGAGAAUGGCAGGCCAGAUAUGAAGAGCUUGCUGUAUUACUAUGAUGAGACCUGUCACCCUUAUGUUUGGAUUCAUGAGACUGGUGGAGAUAGCAUGAGGAUGGUUAAGCAGCAAUAUAUCAGUCUUGAAGAUUUGAGGGAUUGUGGUGAGAUCAGAAUCUUUAGGGAUCAUCAUCGAGGCUGCUUAUCGGUCCGGAAAAAAACCAGGCCAGAUUUUUGCUGAUGAAGUUUGUAUGUUAUGUGUUGGUUGUUUGCUAGUUAUUACUAAUUGGUGUGCUAAUUUUCAUCUUUUUUUUCUUUGGGUUUGUUUGAUGGUAGCUAGUAUUUGAAGAAUUUAAAUGUUAUGUGUUUGUGUUACAAGAGGUACAGAGAAUGGAGUUACUGCAGCAGUUUGAUGUGGUUGUUCUUUAUGGGAUAUUUGAUCAUCAAGAAUAAAAGGAAUGCAAAAUGACCCUUUGUAGUU